UUAUUUCAGUUCAUUUUGUAAUUCCGUUUCAGUCUUCAACAUAUCCAAAUCUUCGAUACAUUUAUCAAACUUUCAGUCAAAAAGUUAAGCUAAGUUUUUCAUAAUAACGCAUUGGAUGAAAGUACUGGACGAAUGAGCUGUUACAAGAAUGCUCAGCACCGUUCCCAGAGGAGAUCAUUCCAAUGAUUCCAGUAGACAGUCCUGUCGAAGAUCGUUCAUGAGAUACUACAUAAAAAGGAUCACUAUCACUUUUUUUAAUCUAUAGAGAUUUCCUGUGAUCUAGAAAUUGCCAUUGGUCAUUAAAAAUGUCGUUAGUAGCCGAAGAAAAAAGCUUAUCAUUAGCUGAGAGCACUUCCGCCGGGAGUCAAAUGUUAAAAUGUCCAUUUUGUGAUAAAUGGUUUUCGACUUUUAAUAGUCUUCACAAACAUAAUGCAAUAGUCCACACAAGAAAGAAACUAGAGUUCGGUUGUGGUGAAUGUGGCAAACAUUUUGCAACUAAACGAUAUCUAGAAGAUCACUGUUCAAUUGAACACAUCCGUGAGCCAAGAUAUGCCUGCCAAACUUGUGGGAAAACGUUUUUCCGCUACCAUUUAUAUCGCCCGCACUGUAGAAACGUUCAUCCGGAAGAAUACGCUCGAUUAUUGACUGUCUAUGGGGCCCCACGGAAUAUCCCCUUCAACGAAUUGUACUCCAUGGAUGGUUGCGUUUUUCUUAAAAGCAAUGCUAUUGAUGAGCACGAAGACAAAACUGUAACGGAGUCCAUGGAACUGGAUUGUUUGAUAUGUCUAAAGAAAUGUAACAGUGCGGAAACUUUCGAUGAUCACGUGGCAGAGUCACACAAAGAUUCCGUUAAACUUUCAUGUAUAAAAUGUAGUAAGACCUUUGAUAAGAAGAGUUUGCUGGAAGAUCAUUAUGCUGUUAAACAUCUGGGUAUGUAUCGCUAUGAGUGUGAAAUCUGUGGGCAUGGAUUCAUUAAAAAGAAGCCAUAUAUUACGCAUUUCAAGUUGAGGCAUCCAGAGGAAUAUGCGAAUCUAGUUAAAAAGAACAAAACUCACACUAUCUCUUAUAAACGUUACAACAGUAGGUGUGUUAUGUGUGAUAUAACCUUCCCUAAACAAACGGAUCUGUACGCACAUAUGUUAACUCUACAUUUGUCGCUCACCCAUAGCUGUAAACGAUGUAACGAGUCAUUCGCCUGUACCUCUGGUUUAGAGAAUCAUAUGACUGAAAGGCACAUCGGCGAACCUUGGUACGAGUGUGAAAUUUGCAGGACAAAGUUAUACUCCAAAUUCGAUUACUUUAUGCACUACGAAACGGAUCAUCCGAAAGAUUACAGCGAACUAAUACAAAACAAUGUCUGUAAUGAAUUGCACGACAUCGACGGCUGUGUGGUUGUUGAACGUGUUCCUCUGAUAGUUAACGAACUUUAGGUAAUGUAGAAGGAACAGUCUUGGUAUUACUAAUGACUAAGUUGUUCGCAAUAAGUUUAGUUAUUUGAUAAAGAGUUGCGGCAAUAGUCUGUAUUUUCUGAUAUGUUGGUCAUUUGGGAAACUUUUUCAGUUCCGUUACAAUCUGCCAUAUUAUUCUUCGAUUACAGGCUUUAAGUGUUAUAAAGAAAUUGUUUAGAUUCUAAGUGAGUAAAUAAAGUGUACAUAAAUGUUUCAUAUGAUACAAUUCUGUGUUUGCUACUUCGGAUAGAAAACCUAGGCUUUUCGUCGAUGCUAGACAAGAGUUCAAAUGGUUCAAACACUGGGAAACAUAAAGGAAGACGUCUUAAUCAAGAGAGUAAAAAAUCAAAAAGCAAUGCGACAUAAAAUCAAAAAACAAUGCGAAAAAAAAUUCGCUGAAGACGCUUUCACGUGUCACCUUCUAUCGCCACCAGUGUCUGCCUUCUCAUAUUACCUGCUAUCGAUCAAUG